UGAAUGCGCUCAUGGCAAUGACAGCUUGAAAAGAUUGUCAAUGUGACGGAGACAUCACCGCGGUUUGUGUUAGCGGGCGGAUGGGAUUUCUCGGGAAUAGAUUCAGUUUAAAUACAUUUGCCGACACGCCGUAGUGAAUGGGUUGAAAAGAAAAUAAAAGUUAAAAUGUUCGGAACCUUAAACAACUAUUUGAACGGCGUUCAACGGGCUUGGUCAGGUCAGGAUGGACAAACCGUGGCAUCGUUCGUGUCGCUUAGCGACAAGCAUAUUAUGAACAGAAAUCUCUACUUGCAAAAUCCGGAAAGCGCCGUUGAAAGACAACUGGAUCAACCGAUUGAUGAAAUUGUUUCUGCACACCUGAAAGUUCUCUACUACCUAGGAUGCGAACCUCGCGGAUACAUGGAAGCAUACAAACAUCAGACGCAAUGCACGCAAGCUGUGGUUAAAAUGCUACAACUACUAAAAGAGGAAAACUGGUGCCUGCCGAUAAUGUAUGCAGUUUGCCUUGACUUGAGGAUAUUGGCCCAGAAAUGCGAGGAGGAAGGGAAAAGUUCGAAGCCGGGAGAAAUCCUAGAAAAAGCGGCUGAAUGUCUGAUGGGAUGUUUUCGUGUCUGUGCAGCUGAUAAUCGGUCAUCCGAUGAAGAUACAAAACGCCUGGGAAUGCUGACGUUGGUCAAUCAACUGUUUAAAGUGUACUUCCGAAUAAAUAAGCUUCAUUUGUGCAAACCACUUAUCAGAGCUAUCGACAGUUCAGCAUUCAAGGAUUCAUUUCCUUUAGCAGAACAAAUCACAUAUAAAUACUUUGUGGGCCGUAAAGCCAUGUUUGACUCCGACUACAAAGCGGCAGAUGAAUUCCUAAGUUUCGCUUUUCAGAACUGCUCCCGUAGAUUUCCGAAAAAUAAACGAUCAAUUUUAAUUUACUUAGUUCCUGUUAAAAUGUUGCUCGGUUUCAUGCCGAAGAAAAUGGUUUUGGAAAGAUAUGAUGUUCUACAAUUCCAUGAGCUGGCGUGCGCUUUGAAAGAAGGAAAUGUGCGGAGAUUCGACGAUGUCAUACAAAAACACGAAGCGUUUUUCAUCAAAUGCGGAAUCUAUUUGCUGGUGGAAAAGCUUAAGUUUAUAGCAUAUCGCAACCUGUUUAAAAAAGUGUAUUUAAUAAAAAAUACACAUCAAUUGGAUCUCAGCAAUUUUCAGUCAGCUCUGGAAUUUGUCGGCGAAGAGGGUAUCACAAUGGAUGAGACACAUUGCAUUGUCGCCAAUUUGAUUUACGAAGGAAGAAUCAAGGGAUAUAUCUCGCAUGUUCAUAAUAAGCUCGUAGUGUCUAAGCAGAACCCAUUUCCACCUCUUAAUACUGUAUCUUAAGUGUAAUAAAUAUAGUCAUAUUUCUGCAAA